AUGAAGACUCCAAAAAUAAUAACUUCAGCAUCAGCUUAUAAUGAACUGAUCCUGUCAUCACCAUCAUCAUCUACUGACGAGGAAAUAGUUAUACCUGCAAAACCUAAUGAUUAUGAAGCAAUUUUUAAAAAGUUGGACAUAGAGGAUACAGGUGAAAUAACAUUUCGAGAUUUUAAAAAAGCAAUGAAAAAGUUUAAUCAUCCAAUUAGUUCUAAUCCAGAAUUGCUACAGAAGAUUUUCAGUUCAUUUGACUCCAAUAAUGACAAGGUCAUAGAUUUUAAUGAUUUUAAAGCAUAUUUAAAUAGUACAGAUGAUCAAAUAUUGAAAGGUUUCAAUAAAAUUGAUGAGGAUAAUGAUGGAAAGCUAAAGAAAUCAGAUUUUAUUAGAUAUCUCAAACAAAAUUUAAAUUUAAAACCAACUGAUGUGAAUAUAGACCUAUUAUUUAAGCAGAUUGAUUAUAAAAAUGAUGGUUACAUUACUUAUGAUGAAUUUAGAGAAUUUUUAUUAUUGAUGCCAAGAUUGCAUGGCUCUCGAAUUAGAACAGCUUUCACGUUUAUUGUUGAAGAAUUUGAUAUAAGUUCAGAUGGUGAUGUCACUUUGAUAAAUCAAUUUUUGAAUGGUUUUGGUUUUUUCAUGGCUGGUGGACUAGCCGGAGUAAUUUCAAGAACUUGUACGGCUCCUUUUGAUAGAAUAAAGGUUUUUUUAAUUGCUAGAACUGAUCUUACAUCAACUAUAUUACAUUCAAAACAAGAAAUUGCCAAACAAAUAGCGUCCGGAGCUGAAAAACAUGUUAUAGAUGAAUUAAGAAAGAAAUUAGCUCAUGCUGAGUUGGAAAAAGCCGCAGAACUGAUGACUGCAAAUAAUUUAAAAGCAAAAACUAUAAGAUCACCUAUUAUUCAAGCUGCUAGAACUAUAUGGCUUCAAGGUGGAUUUAAAGCAUUUUAUGUUGGUAAUGGAUUAAAUGUUUUAAAAAUAUUUCCCGAGUCUGCUAUGAAAUUUGGAUCAUUUGAAGCUGCAAAGAGAUUUUUUGCAAGAAUUGAAGGUGUUGAUGAUGUUUCUAAAAUUUCCAAAGUCUCUACAUACAUUGCUGGUGGUAUAGGAGGUGUUAUAUCGCAAUUUACCGUUUAUCCAAUUGAUACUUUAAAAUUUCGAUUACAAUGCUCAAAUCUAGAUAGUUCAUUAAAAGGAAAUGCAUUAUUGAUACAAACGGUCAAAGAUUUAUAUAAAGAAGGUGGAAUAAAAAUAUUUUAUCGUGGUACAAUAGCGGGAUUAAGUGGAAUAUUUCCAUAUGCAGCAUUAGAUUUAGGUACAUUUGCUACCAUCAAAAACUGGUUAAUAAAACGUCAAAGUAAAAAAACUGGUGAACCAGUAGAUGAAGUUAAAUUACCAAAUUCUAUUGUUUUAUCAUUAGGUGCUUUAUCCGGUUCACUUGGUGCAACUGUUGUUUAUCCAAUUAAUUUAUUAAGAACGAGAUUACAAGCUCAAGGUACUUAUGCUCAUCCAUAUACUUAUAAUGGAUUUUUUGAUGUUUUGCAUAAAACAAUUGCAAGAGAAGGAUAUCCCGGUUUAUUUAAAGGUUUAGUACCAAAUUUAGCAAAAGUGGCUCCUGCUAUGUCAAUAUCUUAUUUUGUUUACGAAAAUUUGAAGAAUAUCUUUGGUUUACAUAAUACCGUUAAUUAA